CUCCUCUAUAUAGUCCCUGCUCCAACAACUCUCAUCAAACAUCCCGUUUCCCCCAUCUAUCCCCAUAACCCAGUCUCAAAAGUAUUCCAAUGGUCUCAAUCCCCGAAAUCAGGGCCUCAAACGCCCGAAUCACAACCACCACGGCCCCCCAAAUUGUCGUCUUCACCGGAGCCACCGACGGCAUCGGCAAAGCAACACUUACUCGUCUGAUUUCAACAAACCUCCCAAUCAAAAUCUAUGCCAUCGGCCGUAACGGCCAAAAACACGAAUCCUUCCUCUCCCAGCUCCGCAAAUCCAACAAAAAAGCAACCAUCAUCUGGCUCGAAGGCCAAAUCUCUCUCCUCGCAGACACCAAACGACUCUGCGAUGAGAUCAAGGCCCGUGAGACGUUCAUUGACUGUUUAUACAUGAGCGCGGGGUUCAUCACAUCCGGAGAGCGGGUUGAAACACCCGAGUCCCUCCCCCUCUCCCAAGCUCUAACCUAUUACAGUCGCAUUCUAACAAUCACCCAUCUCCUACCCCUCCUUAAAGCCUCACCAAACAGCCCCCGCAUCGUGAGCGUCCUCGCAGCAGGCAACGAAACAACCUCUAUCUACCUCGAUGAUUUCGAGCUCGAGAAACCAGGACAUUUUGGUCUGGUGUCUCUUUCGAGAUCGAUCGCCACGUAUACGACCUUGUCGAUGACGAGAUUGGCGAGAGAUAAUCCGGGCGUUAUCUUCAUUCAUCAUUAUCCGGGGGGUGUUGAUACGGGGGCGUUUAAAAAGGCGUGGGGUGAUAAGUGGUGGUUUUGGGUGCUGGUUGGGCC